AACCAGUAAAACAAUGAAGGAGAUUCUAUUUUGUGUACUAAUAAUGCUGACUAGCAAUGCAUACGCAUUGCUUCCGAAAACCUAUGAAGCGCGUUUCGUAUCGAUUACCUCGAAUGGCACCAAAAUGCCACUAGAUAUAAACCAAAUUCGGUUCUUGGGGCGAGAACGCCUGGCAAAUGGCACCUUCGAGUUGAAGGAGGAUCUGGAUAAUGAAUCAGUUUUAAUUGUCGGUGAAACUUUCAUCGAUUCCGUGGGCGAUGGCGAGUACAAGCAGCUUCCCUUCACCGCUCCCAAGCAAUCCAUCUGCAAGGCAUUGGAGGCCUAUUGGACGUACUUUGAGCCGAGUAUAAAGUUUGGCGUAAACACGGACUUUCCCGCUCAUACGCACCCGUGUCCAGUGCCAAAGGGAAGAUACUACUUGAAGGAUGUGGUCCUCAAAGCCGACAACUGGCCGGUUAUAAUGCCGAGGGGAUUUCUGAAGGCCGUGGCCACCGUUUUCAAAAAUGACGAAGAUGUCGGCAGUCUAGAAAUUGUUUCACAAAUUUCCGACUUGUCUUAG